AUGGCGGACGCGUCGUCGCUCCCGCGACGGAUCCUCAAGGAGGCGCAGCGAUUGCAGCAGGAACCGAUUCCGGGGAUCGCGGUGGAGGUGAGCGAGACGAACCUGCGACACUUUUUCGUCGUCGUGGAGGGACCGCGGGGAACGGCGUACGAGGGCGGGAAGUUCAAGUUGGAGCUGUUCUUACCCGCGGAUUAUCCCAUGGCGCCGCCGGAGGUGUUCUUCAGGACGAAAAUUUAUCACCCGAACACGGAUAAGAUUGGGCGCAUCUGUUUGGACGUGUUGAAGGAUAAGUGGUCUCCGGCGCUGCAGAUUCGUACGAUUUUACUCAGCGUGCAGGCGUUGAUGAGCGCGCCGAACCCAGAUGACCCUUUGCGAGAGAACGUGGCGGAGCACUGGAAAACGGACGAACACGGAGCGCUGCAAACGGCGCGAGAGUGGACGGCGAAGUACGCCAAGUGA